AUGAUACUAAAUGAUAUUGAGGCAAUGACAAAAAACCAAGAAAAUGAAGAUACAACGGUAUGUCAGAAAAAUGACAGCACCAUCAAAUCGAAGCCACCAACAGAUAAUGUGAGCACAAAUGAUAGCAAACAUGAAACGUGCAAGACCACUACUGAAGAAACAUACAAAACCACUACCAAAGAAACAUGCAAAACUAUCACUGAAGAAACGUACAAAACUACUACCAAAGAAACGUGCAAGACUACUUACCAGAAAAAUAUACGAGACCACACACCAAGAAAAAAAUCUAACAGCAGCAUCAACGAUGACAUUUGCAAUGAUGAAAAGAAAGAAAUGAGAAAGAAAAAAGAAGGAAAAAGAAAAAAACAAAAAAAAGGAGAAACAAAAAGAAAGAUAAAAAGAAAGGAAAGAGAUAAGUAG